UAGCUUGGGUUCUAUUUAUGUCCUACUUGAUACUGUAUACACAGGAUAAGAAAUCUUCGCUCCUGCCCAUAGACUAGGUCGAUCAGGUGAAGUGUUGAACUAUAAUGCCCGGAGAUAAGCUAUCUAUCGGUCUGUCGUGGGAACCACAACUGCCCUCUUUUUCGUCUGGUACAAAAAGUGAGUCGAAUGACAAGUUUCAAACUUUAUAUAAGCCCAACUCAGAGCUCAUUGAUGGGCUGUUUGUUCCACCUAAUGACCCCAAAAGGUUGAACAAGUUACUGAAAAAGCAAGUCAAAGAUACAAAGGGAAAGAAUUGGUUUGAUAUGCCUGCUCCUACACUCACACCUGAGUUAAAGAAGGAUCUCACUCUGCUAAAGCUGCGAAAUGUGAUUGAUCCGAAGAGGCACUACAAGAAGGGUGACUCCAAAUCAAACUCAUUUCCAAAAUAUUUCCAGGUUGGGACGGUUGUGGAGCCAGUAUCAGAAUAUUUUACUAGUAGACUUACAAAGAGAGAAAGGAAGGCAACUCUUGCUGAUGAAUUACUAUCUGAUCAGUCACUCAAGGUUUACAGGAAGCGCAAGGUUCAAGAGAUUGAACAGAAAAACCAGCCAGGCGGGGUUGAUAAAUGGAAGUUUAAAGGUAAAAGCUCAUUGAAACGUGCAAAGCAAAGGAGGCACUGAAUGUGGUCCUAAUGGGGAUUUUUGAAGCUAUGGAAAGUAGGGCGAUGACUUGUUGGAUCAGAUGGUGUUGCAUCUUUGGUUUUGAUUUAUGCUGCAACGGUGAAGUGUUAUUAUUGUAUUAUGUAAGCAAGGGUGAACGAUUCCUUUUACUCUAACUGUCAAUUUUUGGUCUCCUUUAAAGACAUUAGUAUUAUCUUUGAUUUUUAAAUGUCGUAUGUCCACUAUCUUUAGUUUUCAAAAUGGGACAAUUUUGUAGCUAAACAUCAAUGUUAUUAUUAAUUUUAGUA